AUGCAUUGCACUGGGAGCUCAAUCCUGAAACACUUGAGACUGAGAGCUUCUUUCAGACCGGUUUCUCUACUUCAGAACGAGAAUGCUGCUUUCAAAAGAAGUAUUGGUGUAAUGAAUUUCACAUCAGAAGCAUCUGGAGGAGGAGGCAAAGAUCAAAUCUUAACUAGGGUUAUUGAGCUGGUGAAGAAGUACGACAAAACCAACGCCUCUAAGGUUACUGAGAAGUCUGACUUCCAGAAGGAUUUGUCACUGGAUAGCUUAGAUAGGGUUGAGAUAGUCAUGGCUAUAGAAGAAGAGUUUUCGAUUGAGAUCCCUGAGGAAAAAGCAGAUAAGCUUACUUGUUGUGGUGAUAUUGCAAGCUACAUUCUCUCUGAAACUCACUCCAAAACAUCUGAGUCCUGA